AUGGAAACACAAGCAAGUGGAAUGAUAGCUGCAAAGGAAAUCGUUAGCGAAAUUAUGCAUGCAGCAAUGCAUAUGAUAGACCCAUCAGUUGAUAGUUUAUCCGAAGAGGAUGAAUUUGAAACAUAUGGAAUUACUACAGAACAGACGGAAAUUUCAGAAAAAAUACAAGUUUCUGAAAUGACAGAGAAAGAAGCCACUGAUGAAGCCAAAUUUACACAAGAUGUCAGCAAUGUCGAACAAGUUGAAGUUUCACAAACAGCAGAUGUAAGCGAAAUUGAAGAAACUCAGGCUGCACAAACGGAAGAAUUAACAACAGAUGCGGAGCAAAACGACGCAGAACCAGUUGUUGAAGCAGCACCAAUUGAAGCAUCACCAGCUGAAGAAGCACUUACCGAUGCAGAACACACCGACGCAGAUGCCACCAACGCAGAAGUCACUGACGCAGAAACCACAGACGUAGCACCAACUGACACAGAACAUACAGAUGCUGAACCAACCACAGACGCUGAACCGGUUACAGACGCGACAACAGAACCAAACAAUGAUGCUGAACCGGCCACAGAAGAUGAGCAAUAA